AUGUAAAUUUUUAAGAAUUCUAAAUUUUUCUUUGGAACACUCAAAGCUCACACUUUACCAGCCCUUAAGUAUGGAUACAGUGAUCUUGAACCAGUAUUGAGUGCAACACUUCUUGAAUUCCAUCAUUCCAAGCAUCAUUAAGCUUAUAUCAAUAAUCUUAAUGCUGCAUAGGAGUAAUUGGAAGAUGCCUUAGCAAAGAAUGAUGUCUAGAAGAUUGCCACUCUACAAGGCACCAUCAAAUUCAAUUUGGGAGGCCAUUUGAAUCAUAGUUUGUUUUGGGAGAACUUGUAUGCAUAUUUAACUUAUUAUGCAGGACACCAAUUAAGAAUGGAGGAGGACAAUUGCCUGAUGCAAACAGUGCUCUGGUCUAAGAAAUCAAUAAAAAUUGGGGAAGUGUUGACAACUUCAAGACUUUCUUCAACACUAGAACUGCUGCAAUUCAAGGCAGUGGAUGGGGAUUCUUGGGAGUUGAUUAACAAUCAAAGAAAUUGAGAUAUUUGGAACUUCCCAAUUAAGAAAUUCCAUAAAACCAUGGUCUUACACCAAUCUUAAGUAAGGAUUCCAAAAUUUAUAUGAUUAGCAAUUGAUGUUUGGGAACACGCCUAUUGGUGGGAUUACAAGAAUGUAAGACCAAACUUCUUGGCUAACGUAUGGAAAAUCGUUAAUUGGAAGGAUGUAGAAGCAAGAUAUAAUCAAGCAUAAAAAUGAAUUAAGAAUAAGAACAUCCAUUUAUUAAUUGUAUUUUUA